AUGGCAGAUAACAGCUCCGUCACAGGUGGUGGCACUUUACGGCAUUUCGGUGAACGUUUUUACGUCGUGCAGUUGCUGGUUUCGAUUUUUCUGUGUGUCAACGUGAUGCUCAUCGUGACCCUUUUCUCAAAAGUCUACUUCUACACAACCAUGCGAUACAUCUUAUUCACUGUGACUCUAUUGUCUGAUACCUUGAUUUUAUUCAUCACUGACGUUCUGUUUAUCUUGGCUUAUCAUGCAAUGACGAUGCCUAUCGCCCUGUGUGUUCCCGUCUAUAUUGUUGUGGUUGUGUACACUUUUGUCACACCUUUGAUGCUCACAUCCAUGACGCUGGAGUGCUAUGUGGCCAUUUGCAUGCCCCUGCGUCACGGAGAGCUGUGCACGUCACGCAGAGCUCUGCACUGCGUCCUCAUCAUUUACGGCCUCAGCUUUGUACCGUUGACUCUCAUCCUCUCCAUCUUCUUUGCAUCAGCUCCCACAAGCUUGUACUCCGAGCACAGGAUAUGCUCCAUGGACAUAUUUGUGUAUCUCCGAUGGCAGGACAACGCUAAAAUGGCUGUGUAUCAGUUGUACUUUUUCGUCAUGUCUGCCACCAUCAUCUUCUCCUACAUUAAGAUCAUGAAAGCAGCCAAAAAAGCUGUGUCAGGAGAGAAUAACAAGUCGUCAAGGAGAGCGCUCGAGAGAGUGACUCUUCACGGCUUUCACCUCCUUUUCGGUCUCAUCCAGCUGUGGUGUCCGUUCAUGGAGACUGCUGCACUUCAGACUGAUUUCAAGCUUUUUUUAAAUGUCAGGUAUUUCAAUUACAUAGUGUUUAAUCUCACUCCAAGAUGCCUGAGUCCGCUUCUGUACGGCCUCAGGGAUGAAAAGGUUUUUCUUGCCCUGAAACGAAAUACACCUUUUCAGUUCCACUUUGGACAAAACAGAGUGAGGAUCACGAGAAUUUGA